UUUUAACGCUCUAAGAUGCGUCUAGCUGUCGGAAUAUCCUUGGUCUUUGCGGUAUUUCUUUUGGCUGACAGUGAAGCCGCCGUAUAUAGUGGGAUCUUCAAGGAUCCUGCUCACCCUGGAAAGUGUGUCGUGGAAGGACUCGUGCUUAACUCUGGUCAGACUGCACGCCAUCCCAAAAAAUGUGAGCGGGUCCAUUGCGGCGAAAAUGGCAAUGUAGAAUUCCACACAUGCGGUGCUUAUGGACUUACUCUUGGCAAAAGGAUUUUACUUAGCAGCUUGCUGAUAACUUUCAUCCAAAAGCCCUAUCAGCCCUAUUCAAUAUCGAAAUAAUAAUUUAUUUUCGAAUGCAUUGGAAAGAUCUUAGAAUGUUUAAUUAUUUCAUUUUAUGCCCAGAAUUUUAUGAAAUUAUUGUCAAAUAGUUUAUGUUUUAUAUGUAAAUGUUUUACUUUCUAGUUUUUAGAUUCGACAACUUUAAUAA